UGCAGUUCUUCAGUAGACUACGCGAAGUCGGUCGGCGAGGGACCACCACGUUCUGCUGCGGGGAAGCGGACUUACGUGUUUUGUUUGCGGCGGCGUGGCCGGCUGCUGCUGCCGUCUUCGGUUUUCUGCCCACCUGCGUGUGACAGUGCAAUCAGCGGUGCGCACCCGGGGUGACUCUGCGUCAGUGACAGCCCGCUGUCACCCACAGUUUCAGUCUCCCUCAAUACGCCGGUUUUAGUCGCGGUGAGCUAAAGGGGUAAGUGAGGCGCCGGAGCAAUGCUCUCGCCCGUGAUCCAGGGACGAAACUGACGCGCCACCGAUAUACGCGCUUCUCUCGCCCGUUCGGCGGCGUCUGCUUUUCUGGAGCAAGCGCGAUAGGUGGCCGCAGAGUUGCGCGAAAAUAUAAAGCAAGGAGAGCUUAGCAGACGACAUUCCUUUUAGUUUAGACUUUUCUGAAGAACUUAUCUUACGCGACUCAAUUGUCGGCAAUCGAUUUCUCGCGUGCAGUUCCCCUUUCCGAUUUGUUCCAGUAGCAGGAAGGGACACACACCCGUUAUUUUUUGGUUGGUUUUCAUUCAUCGCGUUGUGCUUUCUUCUAGCGGCUGUCUAGUGAGUGAAACGAUCACCGCUAACGGGCGUCUGCCUAGUAGAAAAGUACAGCGCACAGCAGGCGACGUCACCGUUCCGCUUCCGUUUUCCCAGCUGGGAGCGGCCGGACCCUGAGAAGAGGUGUCGUCCCUGUCUGGCGCGGCAUCGCCACCGUGUCCGAUCAAGACGAUGCUGGCUGCUUUCCGCCACCGGCGCAGCCCGCUGCUUCGCCUAUAAUCCCACCUCGGCGCUUUCCUCGACCAUGAUAGCUCCCUCCGCAAUCUCGUAAUUUACAGGCGCGUGCUCCAAAAAGAGAAAAGGGGAGGAAAAGAACGCACAGUGUCGCGAUGCUGCUGUGGAGACGACGCGCCCUGUGGACGUGCAUCGCGGUGCUUGCCGCGCUCUCGUGGACAUGCGGCGCCGACGAGGCGCGCGCACCCGUGGUGGACAGUGCGUCGCGUGGACACCACGAGGCCGUGCCACCGGACCCGGACGACCACACGGCGAGCACGGACGAUGUUAUCGUGUCACCCAUCCACCACCACGGUGUCGGAGGCGGACACGCCGUCUCAGCCGGACACCACGGCAGCGGUGCGCGAGACGGGACUCCCAAACGGUUCCAGGUGGCCAAGGUGGACUUUCACCACGUUGCCACACCGUUCAUUAUAUCGGUGUGGAUAAUAAUUGCAGGAUUCGCCAAAAUAGGUUUCCAUGUGACUCCAAAGUUGCACCUGAUCUGCCCCGAGAGCUGCAUUCUCAUCGUGAUCGGUGUGGUGAUUGGGCUGCUGCUCUUCUACACGGGCCUGACGUCAGUGGGGCCGCUAACGCCGGACGUGUUCUUCCUGUUCAUGUUGCCGCCCAUCGUGCUGGACGCAGGCUACUACAUGCCCAACCGUUCUUUCUUUGACAACUUGGGGUCGAUCAUGACGUACGCCGUGCUGGGGACUGUGUGGAAUGCGCUUACCAUCGGCCUCUGCUUGUGGGCGGUGGGCCUGACUGGCCUGUACGGCACGUCUGUGCCCCUUCUGGACGCACUACUUUUCAGUUCCAUCAUCUCGGCCGUGGACCCGGUAGCCGUGCUGGCCGUCUUCGAGGAGAUCCACGUCAACGACGUCCUCUACAUUCUCGUCUUCGGUGAAAGCCUGCUCAACGACGCCGUCACAGUGGUGCUGUACCGCAUGUUCGAGGGCUACACGGACAUGGGCACGGAGAACAUAAUACCGACUGACUACGUGUAUGGCGUGGCCUCCUUCUUCGUGGUGGCGCUGGGUGGCACGGCCGUCGGCAUCCUCUGGGGCCUGGUGGCUGCCUUCGUGUCGCGCUUCACGCACCACGUGCGCGCCAUCGAGCCCCUGUUCGUCUUCAUCCUGGGCUACCUGUCCUACCUCAGCGCCGAGCUGUUCCACCUGUCAGGAAUUCUCGCGUUGACCUUCUGUGGCCUGACAAUGAAAAACUACGUCGAGGAAAACAUUUCUCAGAAGUCUCACACCACACUAAAAUAUGGAAUGAAGAUGUUAGCCAACUGCUCGGAGACGAUCAUAUUCAUGUUCCUCGGUGUAUCGACGGUGAACGACAUCCACAGAUGGAACACAUGGUUCGUCAUCCUCACCAUAGUCUUCAUCACCGUCUUUCGAUCUGUAGGAGUGAUUCUGCUGACGUGGCCAAUCAACCGGUUCCGCGUACAUACACUCAACAAGGUGGAUCAGUUCAUCAUGGCGUACGGAGGGCUACGGGGAGCCGUGGCCUUUGCCCUAGUGCUGGUCGUCAACGAGGACGUCAUACCGACAAAGAAGAUGCUUGUGACGACCACCAUAGCAGUCAUUUACUUCACCGUGUUCGUACAGGGGAUGACAAUUGGACCUCUAGUGCGCCUGCUCAAUGUGCCACGAAGUGUCAAGGGACAGAUGUCUAUGAACGAAAGGCUCCACACAAGAUUAAUGGACCACUUAAUGGCUGGCCUAGAAGAUGUGACGGGGCAGUUCAUGGGCAACUACAAAAUACGAGACAAAUUCAAGUACUACAACAAUCGUUUUCUGAGGCCGAUGCUGCUCAAGGACCACAGCAUACGUGAACCUAAGAUCAUCGAAACGUACUCCAAGCUGAACCUUGCCGACGCAAUGAACUUGCUGAAGAACAACAACAGCCUGGUGCCUGUCAUGAAUGGUGAAAAUGGCGUGUCAUUAGCUUCACUCUUCCGAAGCUACACACAGACCAACCUGAGCAAGGGCGCCGCGUCGGCCAGCGGUGACACGUUGCGCGAGCUCGACCUCCCGGUUGACCGGUCGGCCACCGUGCUCAACUUCGACAUGAACGAACUGCAGUAUUCGCCCAGCAGCAAAGACUACGCAGACGCCCAGCUGCACCACAUACUGUCGGACUCAAUGUUCAAGCCAUCUAGGAAGGUCAAGCGGCUGUAUCGGGACCGUGUGGACGGAACUGAGGACCACCCGCCCUUCCACCACCACAUGCGCAUGCAAAUCCGCACCUUCUUGGGAGAGGAGAGACGACGCAUGCGCAAGGCCCGCAAUGGCCGCCUGCCGCGCCACGAUGGCAACGACGGAGCUCCGCUCACUUGCCGACACGCGCGCGAGCCUCGCAAGAUUCCCAAUGGAGAUAAACCACAGCUACGCUUCAGUCUUCCGAUGAACGGUGACUGUUCGCUUAACGUGGACUGCCACAAGGUUACGGCGCCGGGCAAUGGGACGACGAAACCUGAGGUAAACUCGAGACUGCAGCAAGCCGGGGACGAUGAAGGCAUCGUCUUUGUGGCCCGUCCGAGAGACGAAACGGCUCUCAAAGGCUCUCCGCGGUCGUAUUCGCCUCCUCCAGCAGCAGAGGCUCUGACGGAGACCGAGACCACACUCCCCUGGAAGCGCGACGACGUUCCUGACGCGGCGGGAGUGCGCGCCCGCUGCGGCAGCGGUGACGGCGGCGUCCGCCAGCGGGAGUUCCCGUCAUGGAUCGACAAUCGCGAAUACAUCGCUUACCAGUCACCCACGUCCACGAUUCUCGGUCGGCUGGAUCGCCACAAGCGCUCAACUCCGGAUGUUUUCGAGGUGUUCCAACUCAAGUCGUCGGGCGUGCCGGCCGCCCCGAUGGAAGAGGUGACCGAGGAGGACCAAGACGGCGCUUCCCCGGAUAUCGCCGGCGUCCCGUCGGAGCUCGAGCUUGCGCAGGUGCCAUCGCAGGGAGAGGGCGCUGAAGGAGGCGACGAAGAAGGCCCGCCCUCUACAACGUCGACAGAACCACUAGCUCCGACUUCUCGCUGGGAAGAGACAGUCAUUGACUUAGAGAGCGACGAUUCUGAUAGCGGUGGCUCGAGGCAUGUGCGGCUGUGAUGUGGACGGAGUUGUUGAUGUUCCUGUGACCCGUGGCCACCACAGGCCACCCCGGUGGACAAGGUGUCUUGCUGAAGUGGCCCAAGGGCGAGAUAUAGCAAAUGAUGACAGUGCUUCUCUCCGUGCGUGACAACCUGUGCUCGGUUUUACCAUAUACAGUGACAAAGUGAGCAUUCGACAGACACCACCCAUGGCAAGCUACGAUGUUCAUGAUGAUGAUGAUGUGGCUUCAGUCGUAUGAAGCAUCGGCACAUUGAACUGGUAUACACUUCGUGUGCGUUGUCUAUAUAGCUGUUUUAGCCUGGGUGUGUGAAUAGCUACCACACGUGGGAUUCAUUCUAGCCGUUUCGGAUAUUUCGCUUUCAUAAUUCUUUUGCGUGGAUCACGUGAGACAAGACUCCUGCCAGAAAGUUUUACGAAAGUCGUUUUCGCUGUCCGCUGUCAUAAUUCAUUGUAGCGGCCAACGAAACGUCAAAUUGACAAAAAGUUACACUUUAUACAAGUAAUUUAGUGCUGUGUCAUAUUGCUGAAAUCUUUUUUAGCCUGUAACAACACGUGAUUUAGCGAUUCGUAAUGAUAGCUGGUGUUUUCAGUUUACGAGAACACGCGGGAUCUCUGGUGAAGAUGCAUUUAAGAAGAGUUGUGUUCUUUCUUUUAAGCUUUGUACAUACGAGCAUACGCAAAUGUGUGCUUACAGCAGGUGGAAAACCAUGCCGCACAGAAAUGACUGACGGCCGUGAGGAAGCUGCAGCGUCUCUAAAAUACGUAAUGCAGACUUUCUCAGUGCUAUAUGGAUCGCCUGCUUGAUUUUUUGAGUAACGUAAUUCAACAGAAUGCUUGUUUAGUAGGAGGCCUUGACACUCAGGAAAAACAGAUGCAGUAAUCACACUGCAAGAGAAAUAGCUUCGCUGUAAUCUUCGCGAAGACUGGUUAGGCAGUGGGAACUUCAGCGAAUCCUCUAAUAGCAACGAUAAGUUGUCAUGUCUUUUCUGAGAUAUUUGAGAUGUGUGAGACAACGGAGCAUUACGCAUUUAUCGCUUGUUUCUUCACAAACACUUCCUAGCUUGUAAAAGCUUAUGCUGUGGCUUACAGCGAGAGCGAUGCAAGGCUGAUACCGAUAGUUUACCUUCCCGAUAUAUUGAUAGAUGUCCACACGUCAAGAAAGUUCUCUUCUACAGGGUAGAGCACACGUCGCGAUCCGAAAACUUGUGGUUGUUACUUCAUGGCGUAAAGCAAAUAGUGCUGUUGUUGCAAACACGUACAAUCCAACACCACUUCAAGAAAUAAAUUGAACUCCUCAAGUUUCGCUACCUUGUAGCAUACAUGUACUGUCAGAACCAAAGCUUUUGAGACAGCAUACCAUCACAGUUUAUUCUUAAUAUCCCUGCACCAGUGUAUUGGUGACAAUGUUUCUAGGUAACAGUAGAUUACACGUCCUAAAAUACAUAGCGUCCAAUUAUAAUCCGCCAGUGACGUCCCGGUAGUGUGACAUAGAAAAGCAAGAUUGAAUUCGUUUUCUUGUUCUCUUUGUAUUUAGACAUAGCGACCUGCGUCACGCAUGUAUAUCGUAUCACCCCCGUAACGGAGACGACAUCAGAGACACAAUAAUCCAUGUUAGACUUAGUCGUUAGUUUGCUUUCAUUCAGAAUAAUUAUAGCCUUGAAGGCACCGUAACGGUGGGUGCGCAAGCACCGAAUGACAAGAGUGAACUCUGGCGAGUGCUCUUAUCUCCGGUAUAGUGUAAUCGCUUUAGCGUAAGCACUAAGCACUGGAACAUGGUGAGUAGCAACUCGUACACAUUGUGGCACAUCGUGUAGGAGGACUGCUUUGUUAUAGUAAUUUCUUAACGUUACGCGCGGCUUUGUGAACUGAUCGUGCUGAGCUGAGUCGUGCCUUUUCGAAAAAAAAGGUUGUAUCAGCAUCUGACGCCAAGCCUGUAUGCUCCCGACUUUUUUUUUUGUGAUCCUGAAAGUGUUUAAAAACGCACACAUUGUCGUCAUGGGCUACAAUAUGUUCGCAGUUUCAGCUGAAACAUUGUUUCGGGGAAGUACGAGAAGAUUUGUGAAUUACCUAACUGGACUUGAAAUCAAGCUCAAGUUACAGCCACGCGGCUUAAGCAACGUAGAAUAGUUCCAUUUUUUCUCCUUAAAUGAGAGAUGAACGGCUUCUAACAGAAAAAAAAACUUACGAGCAAAUUUCAACGAAUUUACCAGUCAAGCGCAGCGUAGCUUAUCUUAGUAAAGUGCCAGUGCUCACAAUGUGACUCUUCAGCGUUUGGUCUUAUAUUAUAAUGUGAAUGAGAUAAGUUUAAGGCCUAAUUGCGAGUGUGGUGUGCAUCGAAGUAUGUACAUGUGUACACAGCUGUGUUUGCACUUUCAAGAGUUUCAAAGGUGCAGUGUCGCGUCUUGAGCGGAGCCUCCCUAGUCACUCACUUGCGUAGUCGCUUGAGCAACGAGGUCUUUGAGUGGUGGUGCCUAUCGCUGACAAAGCAGCGCUGCUCGUAGCCUUGAAAUUUUACCGUGAGCCGUCCUCGCCUCCCCGGCAUCUGAUGAUUACCUUCCCGAUGAGAAGUAUCAAUGCCUCUACUAGUCGUGUCGCCUUCUUGGAAAGACAGUUUGGGCAUUGAACUGAGCUCGGAACGUUCUCUCUCUCUAGCUGUUUUUCUACGAUGGUCAAAAUCUAUUACACCUGUUAUCUAUCCCUACCCAAUCUCUCUCCUUUUUUUUUGUUUUUUUCUCAGCUUAGGAAGAAAAAAAAACUCGGGCGGGAAAGCCGAAGAAAUUCGCUUGGCGCUUCCCUUGUAGUUGUUAGUCGCUGUUUCAGACACUAUUACGCCUGCUAUUGGGACAAGCUUAAUUAAUUUUUAGAUAAACUUGGGCCAUCACGUGAAGAGAACACAGCGGGCAAUCUAUGAAACAAAAAAUAAGAAAAUUUGUUGCAAGUUCACAGGUUACUGCAGUAUUUCUAGUGAAAUGGGUUGAAGUAGGUAUACCACUGUCUGCUUCAUAACCCAGCAUGAGCUAGACGAAAAAGAAUACCUUUGCUCAUAACGAAUUAGAAGCUAAACGAACAGCUUAGCAGUAUAUACACCCUGUAUGUGUACGUUGUGAGAGACUAUUUUCUUUCGUGUCCAUCGUCAGCUAUGGGAGUGGAAGGGCGCUUUAUCCUGCUCCUCUCUUGGACACAAUGCUUAGACCCGCUGGGUAAGCCAAUCUGCAUCAUUAAGCAUACUGUGCGCAGGGUAAAACAGUUCGUCAAACCACAAAUGGCAAAACGUGCCACGGUGCUUCAUGGGACCAUUCUGGGGGGAAGACACCUAGCUUCCGCGUAUACCAUAGCCUUGAUGCCUUUUCGCUGUUUUCUCCUUGACUGGAUUAUUCUGCGUCCAGUGAUGGAACCAUGUGCUCUUUUUAGCCGUUAACACACAGAGAGGGCCGAACACUGCACUGGAUCGGCUUUACCAACAACUCUGGCAUAUUUGGCUUGCAGACGGGGAGAAACGGCAACCUUCAGUGCUGACAGAAAAUCUGUUGCUUUUAUCGCGGUUGUGACAGAAAACGUCAUUACGAAAUUUCACUGAUAAUUUCGCUGCACAUGUGUUGCUGCUUACAGUGAAUAGCCCACACAAGCGUUCCUUUGAUAAUGCACAGUUAUAACGAGCCGAGCUCGGCGGCCGGCACACGGCUGAAGUGAUAUGCCACGACGCCUUUUGCGGAAGCAAAAAGGCCCGCCCUAUAGUGAGAGCAAAGAAACACAUAUUUUGGUCUAAGAGACGUCAGAGAGUUCUAUGGAGCGCGCCUGUUAAAUGUUAGGCCAGUGCGCAUAUAGCGUCUGUCAAGUAGUAGCGCUCGUGCGACAAUCACACCUUCGUUCUAUUUUCAGCUUGCGUCUUAGUCAAUGCCUCCAUGCGCGAGCAAGCGGAUGAAGAAGCUUCAUAUAGCUGAACUGCAUGACUGCGGCGCGCCAUGCUUCCUGUGCAUGUAGUAGCCGUCACGUAACGAAGUUCCUAGAACAUAUUUUCCACUGAGAACUGAAAUGAGCGUUUUGUUUUGCUCUCCUUGGCAAAGAAACGAGUUUUUUUUUUUUUGCCUUGGGCAUCUUUUUUCUUACACUGUCUGCAUUAUCAUUAUUUUCAGCACGAGCAGAACAACCGUUCGUCCUCCUGACUGUUUCAUUGAAAUGAAAGUGCAUGUUUGUGAGUUGUGUAGUGAUUGUUUAUGUGUCUGAGUAGCUGGCUGCCGUUCUCGGCAAGGUCAAGUCAACGACAGCGACUCUCGUACGACGAUUGACUAUGUUUACUGUAGCGAGAGCGCGACAUCACCCACCAACUUUUUCGAGUAAGAAUACUGCACCGAAUCGUAUCACGUUAAAUUUUUUUUUUCUUCUUUUCUGCCUAGGUGUUUACUUUUCACCCCGUCAAUAUGUGAAUUCAAGUCCGUCUUGUUUCUUCUUCUGCUACUAGAGAUCGUAAUCACGUAUACCAAUUCAUGUACAUAGACGAGUAAAGCAUAGUUUGUUUCUUUCUCCUUUGUAUUGUUGUAUUUAUUUCGACCGCAUGCAGGGUCAACAGGGACAGGAUAGAAAAACGACGCUGAUUAGCUUUGCAGACCGGGCUAGCUUCCUCUGGCAAAACUGUAUUCUCCAUAACGCUUAGCAUCAGACACAGUUAACAUGACAAACAGCCAAUAAUCAUUCAAUGCAUCAAGUUAUGCUCUUCGAAAAUUGAAGAGGAAAAAAACGCACGAUUUAGGGACAUGACUGCCGUCAUAACAUCCUCGCAACGGACUCUUGUUGUCUCGUUAAAGGUGCAUCAAAACACUCAAAACACGUACAAAAACAUUCCAAACCUAGUUCUGGUUUGCCAUGUCCACUACGACACGAUGCGAAGGAAAUAAACUGUUGUUAUGAAACGGCA